GGAAGAAGAGAGGGAGACACCCUAAUCCGGGGACACCCUUCCUGCCACCUUGCCAUGCUAUAUUUAGGCUGGGGGAGGGGUAUGGGAUGAGCCCCCCCACACCAAGGUGGGUGUCAGCUUUCCUCCUGAAAAUAGCUCCACGGGAGGGGUGAAGGGCCCAGCGUAGGACUGUCCCCAGACUCCCAGUCCUGGAAUCUCCGUCUGUCUUAGUGUCUCUCUCUCCCUCUGUGAGUCUCUGUCCCCCUUUUGGGGUCCUCUCCCUGGGUCUGUGUUUUUUCUUUUUCUGAGUUUCUGUACCCCUUUCCUCUUUCUGUAGCUCCUCUUCUGUCAACUCUUUCUCUAAGCAGGUCAUUCUGUUUCCAGAUCGUAUCUUUAUCUAUCUCCGAGUCCUGCAAUACCUUGAAUUUCUCUUAUCUGAGCUCAGGACAGACCCUCUCCCCAGUCCCCACCCAGGAAAUUCCAGCAGAGAGGACUAUGUGGGAGAGCCCCCCACAUCCACUGUCUCCCUGGGCCUCGGGCCUUAUCGCUGCCCAAGGCAGCUGGUUAAUGUCUGGCCUGGAGCUCCUGGGAAAGUGGGAUGAGAGCAGAGGGUGGGAAUCUGCUGGGGGAUUGACACUUAAUUGGCAAAAGAACGCAAAAGAAUCUCAGGCCCAGACUCUUGGUUCUGAGGAAGGAGGGAACCGCAGGGCAGGACUCCUGGGUCUGAGGGAGGUGGGGUCUGCGGUCCCUGGUCUGAGGGAGGAGGGCCUGGGGUCCUGACUCCCGGGACUGAGGGAGGAGGCGGCUGGCGCCUGGCCUCCUGGGACCGAGGCGGGCCGAGGGCUGAGCAAGCCAGGCCGGGCUUCCGAGGUCCCAGCACGCGCGUGGAAGGCGGGGUCCCCCGGCCCCUCCUCCGCCGUCGGGCGCCGCCCCGCCCCCGCCCCCGCCCCCGCCCCGGGCCCUCCGGAGCGAGUGCGGCGAGGAGCCGGCGGGCGAGCGGGCGUCCUUGCAGCCGGCGGGCAGGAGGAGGAGCCGCCGCCGCGCCCGGGGCAGCCCGAGAGCCGAGGAGGGCGCCCCAGGUCUGCGGGGAGGACGCUGGGCGCCUGGACUACUGCACCUGAAGGAGGUCGCUGGGGGUCUGACCUGAGGGAGGAGGAGGCGGCUGGGAACCAGCGCUCCUGAUCUGAGGAAGGAGGCAGCCGGAGACCUACACUCCCGGUCCUAGUUGGGUCAACGUGCGCCCCACACCCCUUCACACCCCGCUCCAUUUCCCCAUCUCCGAGCCAGGGCAGGCAGCCACUCCAGGUGGUUGCCCCCGCCCUCUCCUGAGAUGUCAGGAAGGAGGGGGCCACCUGUGUCCCCCACAGGGGCUCCCCCGAGCCUGGGGGCCCCCGGCCCUGGAGCUCGGAGGUGGAGGAGGUGCUGACAGGUCUGGUGCUCAGCGAGAUGCUCUCCCACCUUUCAUGCUCCCUCCCCAUCCUCCUCCUUUUCCUCCUCCCCAGCGUCCCAAUGGAAGCCCAUCCCCCACCGUCACCACUGCCCCCGUUUCUAGCCCCAGAGUGGGACCUCCUGUCCCCCCGAGUAGCCCUGUCCAGGGGCACCCCAGCAGGACCUCCUCUGCUCUUCCUGCUGGAGGCUGGGGCCUUUGGGGAGCAAGUGGGCAGCCCUGCCAACCGCAGUCGGCGAGGAGUAAGCGAGACAGCACCAGCAAGUCGCCGGGGAGAGCUGGCUGUGUGCGAUGCAGUCAGCGGCUGGGUGACAGACCGCCGGACGGCUGUGGACCUGCGUGGGCGCGAGGUGGAGGUGCUGGGCGAGGUGCCUGCAGCUGGUGGCAGUCCCCUCCGCCAGUACUUCUUUGAGACCCGCUGCAAGGCUGACAGUACUGGGGAAGGUGGCCCCGGUGGGAGUGGAGGGGGCUGCCGGGGCGUGGACCGGAGGCACUGGGUAUCUGAGUGUAAGGCCAAGCAGUCCUACGUGAGGGCGUUGACCACUGAUGCCCAAGGCCGUGUGGGCUGGCGAUGGAUUCGGAUCGACACCGCCUGCGUCUGCACACUCCUCAGCCGGACUGGCCGGGCCUGAGGCCCAUGCCUGGGAACUAACUGGGUGGGCAGAGGAAGAAGAGCUGGAUGCUGAGAGACCUCAGGGUGGCCUGGCUGCUCUGGGCCCCAGUUUGGAAACUUUUCAAAUGGUUUCAAAAUCCCAGCUCUCUUGAUGUUGAGAGCUCAGUUCAUGCCAGACAGGUGGUAUCUCUUCGGAAACCAAAUGGAGUUUUGAAGGAUGAAAAGGCAUUCUCCUGGAUCAAGUUGAGGGUGAUGAUGAUUAUGAUAAUAGCCAAUAUUUUCUGAAUGCCUACUGUUUAUUAGCUCUAAUACACUUGUCAGAUCAACUCGGGUGGAUCUGACCAUCAGAGGCCCUCGG